AAGGAAAAGCCAGCACAAAGUGUCCUGGUCGUAGUUCUGAGGCCUAACAGCUGAUGGCGUUCCCUCCCUGCAGCUUGUACGUUUGCUCUCUGCAUGACCUCAACGUGCUUAAGCCACUCCUUUGUUGCCAUAGCAGCAUCUGACUGAUAACUGUCUCCAGCCUCCUGGCUGAGGGAGAAAGAUUGGCAUCUAAGAUUUUCCAUCACUGGUCCGUCUGCGGCUCACUGUGGUGAAGUCAUAGUUAGAAUAUUACAUGAGAUCAAUAAAACAAGGAUUUUAAAUAGAGAAAUGUCAGACCUCUGGAAAGUCUAAUCCUGCAUGUGUACUCAGUACUGCCUCAGUGCAGCGUGGCAUGGAUGCUGCCAGCCUGGGGCACUGCUGAGGUGUUGUUUUGUUCCGUCUCAUGUCGCUCAUCAUGGAAGUUUUUCUUCCACAAGCUUUCUAUUAGUGUGCUUUGUACAGCGCUUUGGGGACACCAAUGAUGGUUUUCUGCAGAACUGUCAUGUCAGCAGUCAGGAUUGUGAUUCCUACUGAACCAGACUGAGAGACCAUUUAAAGGCUCAGCAACUCUUUGCAGGUGUUAUGGAUUAACUGGCUGAUUAAAGAAUGACCCUUUAAGCCUACAAUAUUGAACCUUUUCACCAUAUUCUAAUUUUCUGAACUCUUGAAUUUGGGCUUUUCAUAAUCUUUAAGCCACAAUCAUCAAAAUGAUAACAAAUAAAGGCUUGAAAUAUCUCACUUUGCAUGUAACGAGUCUCAUAUCAUAUAUAAGUUUGGCCUUUUAAGUUGGAUUACUGAAAUAAAUGAAAGUUUGCGCGAUAUUCUGAUUUUCUGAGUUUCACCUGCAUCUUUAGCGUUCGUCACACAACUGUGUGAAAAGCCUGUUUCAGGCCGGCAGGGGGCAGUAGCUGUCCAUAUAAACGCGGCGUUGCGAUUCACACUCCAGUCCAGAAGGUGGCGGUAAUGUACCUGAAGUUGUUUGGCACCGCCAUAAAAAGAUAGAAGAAGAAGAAAGGAGUAGAAGAAGGACCGGCGUAGGUCAUGCUGCUUCAGACAUGUCGGUGUUUUUCCCCACUGUGCUGCUCUGUGUCUACGGCUUCUUCACCAGCCUGCGGCCAUGCGAGCCCUUCAUCACCGCCUACCUGAUGGGACCAGACAAGAACCUGACGGAGACGCAGGUUGUCAAUGAAAUCUUUCCAGUAUGGACGUAUUCCUAUCUGUUCCUGCUGUUCCCCAUCUUCCUGGCCACUGACUUCCUCUGUUAUAAGCCGGUGUUGGUGCUCCAGGCCAGCAGCUUGGUGGUCACCUAUGUCAUGCUGUGGAGGGCACAGGGCAUGCUGGCCAUGCAGCUGCUGGAGUUUUUCUACGGUCUGUCCACUGCUUCAGAGGUGGCCUACUAUUCCUACAUCUACAGCGUGGUGGAGCCGGAGCACUACCAGAGAGUGACUGCUUACUGCCGCAGCGUGACUUUGUUCGGAUCAGCGGCUGGAUCUUUGACCGGUCAGUUGCUGGUAUCCGUGGCCGAAGUUGACAAGGUCUACCUCGUCAUCAUUACACUGGCGUCAGCCUCUGUGGCCUUUCUGGUGCCCUGCUUUCUCCCCAUGCCCAAGAGGAGCUUGUUCUUCCACAGGCGUGCAGGAGCAGAGGAGGCUAGGCCCCGCAGCAGCAGCAGAACCGCCACCAGGAUGGAGAAGGCGGAGGAUUCGGACAGCAGGGUGCCGCUGAACAGGCCGGAUAUCUCCAGGGCAUCCAGGUCCUCUGAGGCAGGAAGUGGCAGCAGGGGGCUCGUGGCGGUCCUGCGGAUGCUGUUUGAUGACUUUGUGCAGUGCUACAGGUGUCGCACCCUGCUGGCCUGGUCGCUGUGGUGGGCUCUGGCCACCUGUGGCUACUUCCAGAUCAUCAACUAUUCUCAGCCGCUGUGGGAGCACAUUCUUCCAUCCAAGGAAAACAUCAUCUACAACGGCUAUGUAGAGACCCUGUCCACGCUCCUCGGGGCUCUGGCGGCGCUGCUGGUGGGCUGCCUGCCUGUGACCUGGGCUCUGUGGGGGGAGUUGGCUCUGUGUGUGCUCUCCCUGCUCAUGGCUGUGUGUGUGUUUGUCAUGAACACGGAGCACAUCUGGCUGUCAUACAGCUUCUACAUCCUCUUUAGAACCACGUACAUGCUGCUCAUCACUGUGGCCACGUAUCAGGUUGUGGCCAGCCUGAACAUGCAGCGGUAUGCGCUGGUGUUUGGAGUGAACACCUUUGUGGCUCUGCUGCUGCAGUCUCUGCUCACGCUGGUGGUGGUGGACUCCUCUGUCCUGGGCCUUAAAGUCUUCACUCAGUUCUUCAUCUACGGUUCCUACUUUGCUGUCAUUUCUGCGAUCUUCCUCUUUGCUGGGCUUUAUAAACUGGUCUCCAGGCGGCACUCUGAGCAGAAGGCUCUGCCCGGCAGCCGAGCGCAAUCUGAGACGGACACUCCACCGAUCGGUGGCACAGACUCCAGGACAUGUGUCUGUGAAGGUUCUCAGUCAUCCAGGUCAUCGUAGUCAAAGGAGCUUGCAAAGAAAAGCGUCUGGACUUCUUUAAGUUGC